ACACCGACACACAUCGCCGAAAUCGGGUUUCCACCGCGGAGCCGCCGGGCGCCUCCGAAGACCGCCAGCCGCCACGUUUCCUCCAUGACGCCUCCACUGAGAUGAAGGGAGCAUGGGGGCCAAAGAAUCGAGGAUAGGCUUCCUGUCGUAUGACGAGGCCGUCAGGAGAGUCACUGAUGUGGAGUUGAAGCGGCUUAAGGAUGCUUUCAAAAGAACUAGUGGUCUGUCUUAUUACAUGACCCAGCAGUGCUUCUACAGGGAGGUGCUGGGAGAUGGAGUUCCCCCUAAGGUAGCAGAGGUGAUCUAUACCUCGUUUGGAGGCUCAUCCAAAGGACUGCACUUCAACAACCUGAUAGUGGGUCUGGUGCUGCUGACCAGAGGACGAGAUGAGGAGAAGGCCAAGUACCUCUUCAGCUUAUUUGCCAGUGAGCAGGGUGGCUACGCUGCGAGGGAUGAUAUGGAGGCAGUUCUCCAGGUCCUGGAUGGGGAAGUCCCACCCUCCCUCAGGAAGUGCUUCAGUGAGGGUGAGAAGGUGAACUACGAGCAUUUCAGGAACUGGCUCCUCCAGAAUAAGGAGGCUUUCACCUUCUCCAGAUGGCUUCUGUCCGGAGGAGUGCGUGUUACACUCACCGACGACAGUGACACGCCCACCUUCUACCAGACCCUAGCUGGCGUCACACACUUGGAGGAGUCGGAUAUCAUAGAUUUGGAGAAGCGCUACUGGCUGUUGAAAGCCCAGUCCAGGACUGGUCGCUUUGACCUGGAAACCUUUGUCCCGUUGGUGUCUCCUCCCAUCCACACCUCACUAAGUGAAGGAUUGUUUCAUGCUUUUGAUGAGAACCGGGACAAUCACAUCGACUUCAAGGAGAUCUCCUGCGGUUUGUCUGCAUGCUGCAGGGGGCCCAUUGCCGAAAGGCAGAAAUUUUGCUUCAAAGUGUUCGAUGUGGACCGUGAUGGGGUUCUGUCUAGAAAUGAGCUCCAUGAAAUGGUGGUGGCACUGGUGGAGGUCUGGAAGGACAAUCGUACAGACACCCUCCCUGAGUUGGACAGCAACAUGUGGGACAUAGUGGAGAGCAUUCUAAAGAUGCAUGACACAACUAAGUUGGGUCACCUAACCCUUGAGGACUACCAGAUCUGGAGUGUUAAGAGUGCCCUGGCCAACGAGUUCCUCAAUCUGCUCUUUCAGGUGUGCCACAUAGUCUUGGGGCUUAGGCCUGCAACCCCAGAAGAGGAGGGCCAAAUAAUAAGAGGCUGGUUAGAGAGAGAGAGUCGACAUGGGCUGCAGCUGGGCCAGAACUGGUUCCUCAUCUCAAUGCUAUGGUGGCAGCAGUGGAAGGACUAUGUCAAAUACGAGCACAAGGGCAUUGUGGUGGAACAACCAUCCAUCCUUAGCUCACUCCGAAACCCCCUUGCCACAAUUACAAUAGAGUCUGCCCCCCCAGAGAGAGUGGGGGCACUGGGGGUGCUCAACCAGGUCAGUCCCUCAGAGGAAAGGUCUCCUGAUGCAGUGUCCAGUGCCUCAGAGGCUACAGAGACCGCCCUGAGCCCCCAGGCACUUCCCACUGCCACGGAGAGCUGCUUUGCCCGUCAGCACAACAUGUCAGACAACAACAACCAGUGUUUCUCUGGAGCCAACAGCCACCUAUCUUCCCAGCUGGCAGCACAGAGGCCUGGAGCAAUCGACAACCAGUCCCUGGUCAACACUGACCCUAUGAAGGCCCCUACUUUAACCAUGGAGGGUGGUAGACUGAAGCGCUCCUUACAGCUGGUGGCAGGCAGAGACUUUGAGAUCGUCCCAGAGCCUGUGUGGCGAGCCCUCUACCACUGGUAUGGUGCCAACCUUAGCCUGCCACGACCGGUCAUUCAGCAAAGCAAGACAGGGCACACAGAGCUUGAGCUCUUCCCCCGCUACCUGCUGUUCCUGCGCCAGCAGCCAGCCACACGCUCACCCCAGUCCAACAUCUGGGUCAAUAUGGCAGGUAAUGUGCCCUCACCUAAUGCCCCUCUGAAGCGAGUGCUGGCCUACACUGGUUGUUUCAGCCGCAUGGCCACCAUCAAAGACAUCCACCUCUAUCUGUCCCAGAGGCUCCGGAUCAAAGAAGAGGACAUGAGACUGUGGCUCUAUAACAGUGAGAACUACCUCACGCUGCUGGACGAUGAAGACCACACUUUGGAGAGUCUGAAGAUUCAGGAUGAGCAGCAGCUUGUUAUAGAGGUCAGGAACAAAGACAUGAGCUGGCCGGAGGAAAUGUCUUUCAUUGCCAACAGUAGCAAGAUGGACAGACACAAGGUCCCCACAGAGAAAGGUGCUACUGGCCUCAGUAACCUCGGCAACACUUGCUUCAUGAACUCAAGUAUCCAGUGUGUGAGCAACACAAAGCCUCUUACUGACUACUUCAUCUCAGGGAGACAUCUUUAUGAGCUCAACAGAACAAAUCCAAUCGGUAUGCGAGGACACAUGGCAAAGUGUUAUGGUGACCUGGUGAUGGAGCUGUGGAGCGGGACACAGAAGAACGUGGCUCCACUCAAGCUCAGGUGGACAAUAGCGAAGUAUGCUCCACGUUUCAACGGCUUCCAGCAGCAGGACUCGCAGGAGCUGUUGGCCUUCCUGCUGGACGGCCUGCAUGAGGACCUAAACCGUGUCCAUGACAAGCCCUACGUAGAGCUGAAGGACAGUGACGGCAGGCCUGACUGGGAGGUUGCAUCCGAGGCGUGGGAGAACCACUUGCGGAGGAACCGCUCCAUCGUGGUGGACCUGUUUCAUGGACAGCUCAAGUCCCAGGUGAAGUGUAAGACAUGUGGCCACAUCAGCGCCCGCUUUGACCCUUUCAACUUCCUCUCUCUACCCCUUCCCAUGGACAGCUCCAUGCACCUUGAAAUAACUGUCAUUAAACUGGACGGCUCCACUCCAGUACGCUAUGGCCUGAGGUUGAAUAUGGAUGAGAAGUACACCGGGCUGAAGAAGCAGCUGAGUGAACUGUGCAGUCUGAAGCCUGAGCAGAUCCUACUGGCUGAGGUCCAUACCUCCAACAUAAAGAACUUUCCUCAGGACAACCAGAAGGUGCGCCUAUCUGUCAACGGCUUCCUGUGUGCAUUUGAGAUUCCUGUGCCAGGCUCACCCACCUCCCUUACCUCACCCACACUGACAGACAUUACCCCGAUAGCAAAUGGCUCAACGCCUAAUGGGCACCUUGGCAGCAAACCUGCUCUUAUCCCAAAUGGUGGACCCAGCACUGUGGUGCCCUGUAGCCCAGAUGUGCCCCUGGCCAAUGGGAUCCCUAAUGGGCACAUCACUCCAAUGCAGGAGAGCCCAUUCAUUGGUUACAUCAUCGCUAUGCACAGGAAGAUGAUGCGUACGGAGCUAUAUUUCCUGUCAUCACAGAAGAACCGGCCCAGUCUAUUUGGCAUGCCCCUCAUAGUACCCUGCACUGUCCACACUAGUAAGAAGGACCUCUAUGAUGCUGUGUGGAUCCAGGUGUCUCGACUGGCCAGCCCACUGCCACCGCAGGAAGCCAGUAACCAUGCCCAGGACUGUGACGACAGUAUGGGCUACCAGUACCCUUUCACGCUACGGGUGGUGGGGAAGGAUGGCAACUCUUGUGCCUGGUGCCCCUGGUACAGGUUCUGCAGAGGGUGUGAAAUAAAGUGUUCUGAAGACAGAGCCUUGGUGGGGAACGCUUACAUAGCUGUGGACUGGGACCCUACCGCUUUGCACCUGCGCUACCAGACCUCCCAGGAGAGGAUAGUGGAGGAGCAUAGCAGCGUGGAACUGUCUCGCCGCACCCAGGCCGAACCCAUCAGCCUGGACAGCUGUCUGAAGGCCUUCACCGGUGAGGAAGAGCUUGGUGAGGAUGAGCUGUACUACUGCUCCAAAUGUAAGACCCACCGGCUGGCCACCAAGAAGCUGGAUCUCUGGAGGCUUCCACCUAUACUGAUUGUUCACCUUAAGCGCUUCCAGUUUGUAAAUGGCCGUUGGAUCAAGUCCCAGAAAAUUGUGAAGUUUCCACGGGAGGAUUUUGAUCCCAGUGCGUUCCUGGCACCAAGGGACGUGGUGCAGCACUGCCUUCACUCUCACAGCGAGGGCGAGGAGCUGCUGAGGAUAGGAGAGGACAACCACCUCUCUUCCAUUUCUGCUCCUGCUGGUUUCUGCAACCUCCCCAAAGCCUCUCCAGCACCAGGCAGGAGGUCAGCUCCUUCACUCAGUCGAAACAGCAGUCCCUCCAGUAGCCCCAAGACAGGAACAGUAGGCCGCAGGCAAGGCCGACUACGCCUGCCCCAGUUAGGCAGUCCUAACCGCCUCUCAAACAGCAAGGAGAACUUGAGGGGUUGCACAAAGGAGGGAACCACCAACCCCGAGACCGAGCCAAGGCAUGGCGCACCACUUGUGGACACUGAGGGGACUGUAGUAGGGGCGGUGGGGGUGGCUGACCCUGGCCCAGGUGAUCUGGUCGCCGCUGAGUCAUCAAAUGACACAGAAGCCCCCAGCAGCCACUGUGAUGUGAUAUUGACAAAUGGUGAGAGCGGGGAGAGCACUCAAAGCAACGGGCUGCGCUCAGAUGACAGUGCAGAGAACAGCAUGGACCCUGAGAACUCCUUCCACAUGGACAGCAGCUGUCAGGAGGCCAUGUACAACCUCUAUGCAAUAUCAUGCCAUUCAGGAAUCCUGGGAGGAGGCCACUACGUGACCUACGCCAAAAACCCCAAUGAAAAAUGGUACUGUUACAAUGACAGCAGCUGUAAGGAAGUGCACUCUGAGGAGAUCGACGCAGACUCCGCGUACAUCCUCUUCUACGAGCAGCAGGGGGUGGACUAUUCUCUCUUCCUGCCAAGGACAGAUGACAAGAAGAUGGCUGACACCAGUAGCAUGGAUGAAGACUUUGAGUCUGACUACAAAAAAUAUUGUGUCCUCCAGUAAUUGCACGUUGUCUUCCGUGGCCCAGCGGUACACUCGGUCCAUGGUCCAACUGUCUCUUCACUGGCCAGUGUGUGCCGAGUGCCACCGAAACAUUUUGAUGAAUAAUCACAAAGUUCCAAUGGACAAUAAACGCUGUUAAAAGGCCAUAAGACAGUGGUCUCUUUUCGUCAAGGAUACGUCACAGCACUUUCUACAUUCGAUUGGCCGAAAACGAGGAUUUGUGAGAAGUGUGCCAAGAGAACAUUUUCACCCCAGUAAAAGCACUAAACUUGGUGCACUUUGCCGAGCCCAGUGAAACAAAACUGUCCGUGCGACCGAGGCAGCCUAUGCCAUGAAAUAAAUGUCCCAUGAACUCGCUUGCUCACAUGUCGCUGAAUGUAUGUCAGUACGGCCAACACAUUAACCGAUGUUGCUUCCUCAUUGUGCAUUUAUCACUUGUUGAUGUCGAAAUGAAGAGGUAAAAGAGGUGUUGACUCUACCAUCCACCAUCCAAAGUGUGUCCAAAAAUCAACAUGAAGUUGACAUUUUGCAGCUGCUAUUGAGAUGAUAUAUUGGAUAAUGAUACUGAUCUUUAAAAAAACAAA